UCUUUCUCUAACACACACACACACACAGACGCACACACUCCACGGCCUCUCUCUCACCCACCCACACACAGUGAGUUGGAGACCCAUUUCCAGUCCCAUGGUACCCCUUCUCUCCGUCGAAACCCCCAAAGUCCCUCGCCUUUUUCUCACCCCGACCCCUCACCCCCUCACGCAAUAUACUCGCCUCAGAACCCCACCACGCCGAACUCACUUUCCCAUUACCUCAAUCUCCCAAAACCCAUAUCAGUUCCCCAAUCAAAACCCUGAAAAACCACGAAAAGCCCAGCCCAGAACCCUCUUUCCCGGCGGCUACAAGCGCCCCGAGAUCAAAGUCCCCGGUCUCGUCCUCCAGGUUGACCCCAACGAUGUCUUGGGCCGCCAAGACGCUUUGGAUUCGAUCGACAAGGCCGUGGCCAAGUGGGUUCGGAUUGUGCUGCUCAAUGGCGGUGAAGGAAGCAGUGGUGGGAGGCUUUACGAGGCCGCGUGCUUGUUGAAGUCGGUGGUUCGGGACCGGGCGUAUUUGAUGAUAUCCGAGCGCGUUGAUGUCGCGGCCGCUGUUGGUGCCAGUGGGGUUGUGCUCUCUGAUCAAGGCCUUCCUGCCAUUGUGGCAAGAAACACGAUGAUUGAUUCCAAGUCUGAAUCAGUUAUUCUGCCUUUGGUAGCUAAGAAUGUGCAAACUGCAAAUGCUGCUUUAAAUGCAUCUAAUUCUGAAGGUGCUGAUUUUCUUAUAUAUGAUAUCGGUGGAGAGAAACGUGUUGAUGUGGCAGUGAGGUCUGUAUUUGAGAAUGUCAAGAUACCAAUUUUUGUCGUAUUUCCUUCAUGUGGAGAGGACACGUUGUUUACUGAGGCAUCAAAUUUAUUCAAACUGGGUGCUAGUGGCUUGGUGAUCUCUUUGGAAGGUUUGGGGUUGUUUGGUGAUGAUGUUUUGAGGAAAUUGUUUAACACCGUCUACAUGAAAAGAACACAAGAUGAAGUUGAAAGCUCUAUUAAGCUCAAGUUAUUCAACAUGGAUAACGGUGUUUAUGGGGAAAAAAGAGUUGCAGGCUUUGUUAAAUUGGAAGACAGAGAAAAACAAAUCAUAGAAACAGAGAGAACAGUGUUGCUUGAAGCAAUAAAUGUUAUCCAGAAAGCUGCUCCACUGAUGGAGGAGGUUUCACUUCUCGUCGAUGCAGUUUCACAAAUUGAUGAGCCCUUUUUACUGGUUAUAGUGGGUGAAUUUAACUCUGGCAAGUCAACUGUUAUUAAUGCGCUUCUUGGAAGAAGAUAUCUCAAAGAGGGCGUUGUUCCUACGACUAAUGAGAUAACUUUCCUACGCUAUACUGAAUUGGAUUCUGGUGGCGAACAACGUUGCGAAAGGCAUCCAGAUGGCCAAUUUAUGUGCUACCUCCCUGCUCCAAUUCUUAAAGAACAGAUGAUCAUUGUUGACACACCUGGAACUAAUGUGAUUCUUCAGAGGCAGCAACGCCUAACUGAGGAAUUUGUGCCCCGUGCAGAUUUGGUUCUUUUUGUCAUAUCUGCUGAUCGUCCUUUAACUCAAAGCGAGGUUGCUUUUCUUCGUUAUACUCAGCAGUGGAAGAAGAGAGUGGUGUUUGUUUUGAAUAAAUCUGAUCUCUAUCAGAAUGACCAAGAGCUUGAGGAGGCUAUAUCAUUCAUCAAAGCGAAUGCUCGGAAGUUUCUAAAUACUGAGCAUGUUACAUUAUAUCCUGUGUCUGCCCGAUCUGCUCUCGAAGCAAAACUUUCAGCUUCCUUUGACACUGAAAAUGAACAUGGAGAGCUAUCAAUGUCUGAUUCUCACUGGAAAACCAGGAGCUUCUACAAACUUGAGAAGUUCCUGUAUAGCUUUUUAGAUGGGUCAACGAAUACUGGAGUGGAGAGAAUUAAGCUGAAACUUGGAACACCCAUUGGAAUUGCGGAACGACUACUUUCUGCUAGUGAAACUCUUGUGCGAGAGGACUGCAGAUAUGCCAAGCAGGAUUUGGCCUCAGUAAAUGAUAUAGUUGGUAGUGUAAAAGACUAUGCUGUGAAGAUGGAAAGUGAGAGCAUCUCUUGGAGAAGGAAAACUUUAUCCCUGAUUGAUACUACAAAAUCACGUGUUCUGGAGCUUAUAGAAGCUACUCUUCAACUAUCCAAUCUUGAUCUUGUUGCUUCAUAUGUUUUCAAAGGGGAAAAAUCUGGCAUAAUGCCUGCCACCUCAAGGAUUCAAAUUGACAUAAUAGGUCCUGCGCUCUUAGAUGCAAAAAAACUACUUGGAGAAUAUGUCGGGUGGCUACAAUCAAGCAAUGCUCACGAAGGGAGUCUGUACAAGGAUUCUUUCGAAAAACGAUGGCCUUCGUAUGUCUAUCCAAAUACUCAGGUGCAUUUGGAGACAUAUGAGUCGCUGAAAAAGUUAGACAGAAUCAGCUUGAGAGUGAUAGAGAACUUUAGUGUCAGUGCUGCAACCAAACUGUUUGAGCAAGAAAUCCGUGAAGUGUUCUUGGGGACUUUUGGAGGACUAGGAGCAGCUGGUUUGUCUGCUUCUCUUCUGACAUCCGUAUUGCCGACUACUUUGGAAGAUCUUCUUGCUCUUGGACUUUGUUCUGCUGGCGGGUUUUUAGUAAUUUCGAAUUUCCCAGCUCGUAGGCAAGGGAUGCUAGAUGAGGUGAGAAGGACUGCAGAUGCCUUGGCCAGUGAACUUGAGGAGGCCAUGCAGAAGGAUCUCUUGGAAGCUAUCAAUAAUGUUGAAAACUUUGUAAAUAUCGUCUCCCGGCCCUACCAAGAUGCAGCACAGCAUAGGCUAGACAAACUCUUAGAGAUUCAUCAAGAAUUAUCCGAUGUUGAGAAAGAGAUGCAAAAACUACAGAGUGAAAUUCAAAAUCUUCAUGUUUCAUGACAUCAGAAGAUUUUGCUGUCAUCUGAGGCUUUCCACCCUGUUAUUGAAGGAGGUUACCUUUUCACUUCAUGAAUUGUUUUGGCUAAAAACUGUUGAAUAUAACAACAAUGUAUCAAAAGAGCUACAAUUUCUCAUUUAGUUUUCAUUAUUCCACUCAGCAGAGACUAAAGUUUAUUCUGUUCUCUUUUAUUUAUAUAAGUGGACCUUUGCUCA